ACGUCGCAACUCAACCCGACAGCCAGAGAGCUUCGUGUGCGUGUCUCCAUCUAGGCCAGAGAAUGAUGGCGGCGCCCGUCCUGAGAGUGUCCACCCCUCGAUGGGAGAGAAUAGCCCGGCUCCUCGUAUGUCUACUAGGCAUCGUAUUGUCUUUAUACGCCUUCCACGUGGAAAGGGAAAAGGCUAGGGAUGCGAGCUAUCAGGCGAUCUGCGACGUCAGUACUUCCAUCAGCUGUUCCAAAGUGUUCACCUCAAGAUGGGGACGAGGCUUCGGGCUCCUGGGCUCCAUCUUCGGGAACGACAGCGCGCUGAACCAGCCCAACAGCGUCUACGGGAUCUGCUUUUACGCUUUUCAGCUUUUACUUGGAAUGACGGUCAGCGCAAUGGCGGCCCUCAUCCUCAUGACCACGUCCAUCCUGUCGGUCAUGGGCUCCAUGUACCUGGGAUACAUCCUCUACUUUGUCCUGGAGGACUUUUGCAUCAUCUGCGUGACCACGUAUGUGCUGAACUUCAUUCUCUUUCUCCUCAACUACAAGCGCCUGGUGUACUUGAACGAGGCUUGGAAACAACAGCUCCCGGUCAAGCAGGACUAAGUUGCGUGGAUGCGUGAGAGAGAAAGAGAACGAGAACGAGAAAGAGAGAGAGAGAGAAAAAAGUUACAAAAAAGUGAUGUGACCUCUGAACAUUUGACUUGCCGCCAGGAGACCUUGCUUCCAAAACGAUGUUUAUUCUGCUGUGUGUUCCAUUAAAAAAAAAACGAGAAAAAAAAAACGAAAAAUUCUCUUUAAAAAAAAAAUACAGUUUGGCCCAACAAUGUUGAUCGCAGAACACGGAAGGAUCUAUCUGUGAAACACUUAUUUUUCCGGUUUUCGUUUUUUCUUUGGAUUUUAGUUUUUUUUUUUUCUGGGUUAUUUUUUCGGUUCUGUUUCGUCAAUCAUUCUACACUCACUUUAAAGGUCCGGGGCCAGCAAUCGUGUUCUGUGACGUGCAUCCAGUUCGAACAAGCUGCUUCCAACACGGCCGUAACCGGACCUCGACACGGAGGCCCUCAACUCUUUGAACAACCAACGAAAGAGGAUCAAAAAACGGAAGACUGGACGAGAAAAGCGAAGGACGGGGCUUACUUGAAACAGACGGAGGUCGGAAGGUCCUCACACUGUACUGCUAGAUCUUCCUGACGAGCCCCUCCAGGCGGGGGAGGGGGGGGGGGGGGGGGUGUAAAAACCCGCCCUUCGCCACCGGCGUGGGGUGCAGGUACCAGGUGGGGGCACGGUGGACCGGAGAGGCGCUGAACAACAUUCACCAUCCUUUAUGUUUCCCCUCCCUCCCUACCCCACCACCCCCCCCCCCCCCCCCCUCCACCCCCCCCCGCUACCUCCUCCCCUGUUUACACUUAAAGGCACGUUCUUUUUGAGGAGGACCACUAUAACUAAACCAUGGGAGAAUGGGAGAAACUGUAGGUCAGAUCGUUGUUUUAAUUUCUUUUGGGUUUUUUGUUUAAUGCAACUGUGUGUGUAUAUAUAUAUAGCUGCUGAGCAAUAUUUUAAGCUAGAUUGUGGUUUAGUGUUGACCUAGCCGGUUCCUUUUUGUUUUUUAUUUUUUAACGAAGACAACAUGAACAACAUGCCGCCGCGGCGGAGGUCUCGCUGUUUGGGUUCGUCGUUGGGUCUGUAGAAACGCUUUGGUGUUUCUGUGGAACGUCUCUUCUCCUGCAGUCCAGGUCAGGCAUGGUAUUUAGAAGUGUGUGUAUGUGGGUGUGUAUGUCUGUCUGUGAGAAUGUGUGUGUGUGUGUGUGUGAGAGAGAGAGAGUCUGUGUGUGUGGAUUUAUUCGUUGUACAAGUGGUCACUGUCUACUCUGCUCUCAGAAGCCAUCGGCGAGAGAAGGCGUGUUCGAAACACUAUAGGUUCCAUGACCGCGUCAUCGCUUGUUUCUAUUUAUUUCUCGUGGUUUUUUGUUCUCGUGUUGAAAGCAUUCCUGACCACGACACACGUGGCAUCCACAAAGACUUAUGUGCCUAAAGGAGCGAAGAGGGGGUGAUAGACCAGUCGUUGUUUUUUUUUCUUUUUGUGUUUUUUUUUGGAAUGGAGGUUUAUUAUCGUGUAACACUGUUUUUUUCUUUGUUCCUCAUUGAUUGAAUGACAGGUCUGGGCUAUAAUGAAUCCAUUGGGAAAAUACAAUGCGGCUUUAUUGAUAUAUUUUUUACCCCCUCUCACCCCCGCAGCCCAAAAUGGGUGCUAUUCCAGUGAGGCGGCGAUGUGUGUAGGCGAUUAUUUGCUCAAGGGUCAAAGUGAUGAAGAAAGAAGGGUUUACUGAUGAAGGGUCUACUGAUAAAGGCCUACAGGGCCUGAUGGCUGACAUCGGUACUGUUCACUCGCACAUUCAACACGGGAUUAUGGUUCUCUGUAGUCGCAUGUUAAAAUUAAUAUUUUAGCAUUCGUCAUCGUUAUAAAAAAGGGACGGUAUGACAUCAUAGCAGAGCCCUCUUGUGAAACCAGCGGCGUUGGAUUUGGAGUAAAGUGGAGUUCUGAACGGCCCUCGCCUGCAUGUCGUCCCAACUCCCUGAAUGUUUCCAGAGGGAUGGAUCGGGACUUCGAGAGCACAGGUCGGGAUUCGGUCUUGCUAUAGCACUUCAGUAUUUUCCUCCAAAAUGUUAAGCCAAUAGAACCUCAACUCUUGUUCUUUUUGACUUUGUCAACAUCUCAUGCAUUGGACCAUGUGGUACUGUGUGCAAAGGCCCAUGUGCUGUGUUGACCAAUGGACAUACACACCCACAUGUUUGGGUAUUUGAGGUUCAGGUUACCAACCUGUUGAAGAACUCCCUGUCCGUUGAUGUGUAUGUCAUAAAAAGCAUUUCUCUUAUUUUCUGUGACUGAUUAAGCGAUGGUAAAUGCUCACUGUACUCUACUGAUUCUUUAUUCUGAAUGCUUCGAGCCAUGCGUGGGACACUUUGUGGGCCGACAGUGUUGGAAUCGGCCCAAAGUGAUCUGUUUUGAACAAGGCCGUGAGGAGAAUAUAUGUGUGUGUGUGUGUGUUUAGCAGAUUACUCCAUGAGAUCCUGUUAAAACACACGCGCACUCAUAAUUGUUCCCACAUCUGUGAAAAGCCAGUUCGUUCACAUCCGAGGCAGGUCAAACCCUGAGGUUCAUAGAAAUGGGUCAAAUGUUCAGCAUGUUACAUUGAAGUUGGGAACAUUGAACUUGUCAUCCUCGUGAAUCAUUUCGGUGUAGUGUCAACUCUAGUGAGAGCGCACACAUUGUGGCCUAAUCUAAAGCGUACCGAAUGUUGCUUGGCUAGACAAGACUUCAAAUUGAUGUCUUGAGCACGGUUCACGCCAAAAAACCGAAUCAAAAGUACAAAUCACAACCUCUCGCGAAUCCCAGUAGGAUUGGAUUUCCCCAAGUAUUGAGUUAGGCCCUGAGGUAUAUUAACUGCCAUGUCUGUUGCAUAACCAAUGCCAUCAGAAGUGCCUUCUGUUUGAAUACUGGGCCCCGAGCCAAAGAAGAGCAACAGAAAAAGCCUUGUAAAAAAAAAAAAAAAAAGUAUAAAUAAGAAUGACGACUGCAAAGGGCACACAUCCCAUGCCUUGCUUAAAAUGUAAUCUGAUAAAUUAUUCCCAGAAUCGAACGUCAAUAUCCCACAAAGCAACCAGAUGCCCAGAUAAACCUUAUGAAUCAUGGACCUUUUGAAUCCCCUCUUUUUUUUAAUAACUUAAUUCCACUAUUUUGUCCAGUUUUAUUUUUGUUUAACAUUUCUAGCCAGGAUGCGUUUUAAUAGCUAGUACACUAUCUGUUAAAAUGACAUGAUUGUAAUGUUAUUCUCCCAUUGUUUGUUCCCUUUAUCUUUAUAGACUGUUAACAUUAUUGGUGAUUUUCGUUACCUAGGAGAGAGGGACAGAGGGCAAGAGAUGAGUCAGCAUACAAUUUGUAUUAAAUUUAUUUUGGAGGAAAACUUAUUUAGGUUUGCUUCUGUAUUUGCCAAAUAUGUUUUAAAAAUGCUGUAUUUUCUUACAUGGAAAAGUGUUACAAGAAUGGUAGGAGGGGGGAGGACAAACAAUCUGAUUAAACCAUUUACUUCACAGGGAAUCAGUCAAAAACAAAAGUUGAUGCGGCUGUCGCGUUAACUUUUUAAUUGUGUCAUGUCAUGUGGAAACGAUCUACCAUUAAACAUUCCCUCUAAAACAA